AUGAAGCAGCGUAUGAGAUGUAAGGUAUGGUGGCCGGGCAUAGACGGCGAUAUUGAAAAAUUCUAUAAAAAAUGCUAUGGAUGUCAGUUGGAAUCCAUGCCAACGAAACCUAAGCCUAUGGUAAGAACGGAUUUAUCUUCAGGGCCAUGGCAACACAUUGCUGCUGAUUUUCUGGGACCACUACCAUCGGGUGACAAUAUACUGGUUAUAGUUGAUUAUUAUUCUCGGUGGGUGGAAGUGUCUGUUUCAAAAUCUAUCACUGCUGAGAAAGCCGUCCAAAGUUUGAAACAUAUGUUUAGUACGCAUGGAUAUCCACUAUCUAUUACUACGGAUAAUGGACCACAAUUCCGUAGUGAGGUGUUUAAUCAGUAUAUGGAGGAGGCAGGCAUAGAGCAUCAUCACAUUACUCCAUUAUGGCCCCAGGCAAAUGGGGAAGUUGAACGUCAAAACCGGUCAUUAAUGACAAGGAUCCGUAUCGCACAAGUUGAAGGUCGUGAUUGGAGGGAGGAAUUAGAGACCUAUCUAUUUAUGUACCGCUCUACGCCACAAUCCACGACAGGAGUCAGCCCUGCAGAGCUAUUAUUCGGUAGGAAACUGAGAAACAAGUUGCCGGAGAUAUCGAAUUUCCAUGAUGACGUCAAUAUUGAGGUACGCGAUCGCGACGCGAAAAGGAAAGGACAAGGAAAGUUGUAUGGAGACGCAAGACGAAACGCGAUCGAGAGCGAUGUGAACGUUGGAGAUACUGUGUUGGUAAAGCAGCAUCGCGAAAACAGGCUCAGUACAAAAUUCAGCAAAGACCCAGUCAAAGUUAUUGGGAAACAUGGGAACUGUGUAUGGCUGGACACUCCGAGAGGAACUUUCCAACGAAACGUAACACAAGUAAAAAGGUUUCAAGGACAGAUUCAGAAAUAUCGACACAGCCGAAUACGCCAAUAUAGACAUUGA